UUCAUAGCAGCAAAUGAAAAGAGGCAAGAGAAUUUCGAAAAAGCGCUUGCAUUUUGUUUGCUGUCAAUCUGAAGUUUUAAAUUUUCUUCCACAUAUCGUCGAGUAGGCCUAGUGCAUUGAAGAGUAAAUUAAAAACGUAUAGCGUACUUACAAGAAUACACUGCAAUUUGCUUUGAAGUGGUUCGCCUUGCGCCAGUUUCUUUCAUAGAUUUUCGCUUUGAUUUUCCCCUGUUUUCGUGCAGGUGGGAAAAGCAAGCAUUCCAACAACAAGUCCUUUGCACGCACCAACCUAACAACAACAAGCAACGCACAUUGCAGAUAAGUGGUAACGCUGCCGAUUAAUUUACCUAAGGUGUGGUGAAUUUAUAGCAAUGCAAAAGCGCCACCAGCAGUCAUCGCCUUCUAACCAAUGACUUUUCCCCGAAGUGCGUAAAUGAAACAACUUUCUGUUCGAGUUUCAAGCAUUUGACAUUUGGGCUUAUACGCGAACAAGGUGAUAAAGUGUAGAGAAACGAAAGUUGGCGUGUAUAAAAGAAAAAAAAAAUCUACAGAAAAACGUUGAAAAUAGGAGAAAAACAAUUGCAAUCAAAAUAAAACCAUCGCGCCGCAUAAAUUUGGACGCCGCACAAUAGUGGCAAUAUUGCAGCAAGUCAAGUUGGAGUUGAAGCGUGAGAAAAAAGUGCUAGAACGUAGAGUCGAUGUAUUUGCGAAUACAGGAGCCGGCCAUUAGAACUUGGAAGCGCAUUACAAAUUUGGUGAAUACGCUUUGGAACAGAUUAUAUCUACCUGCUUCGCCGUUUUUAGCGCUCACAUACCCAGCUUCACCAAUUAACUUGCCCGAGAUGCCAAGGACACGCAGACGUCAUCAUUCCCACGAUCGUUCAUCAGGUGCCCAUAGGGAUAAACGUAGACGUGUCGAUUCUGAAGAGACAUCACCUUUGAAAACGGAUGCGUCAUCACCACCACGCGCAAGAUAUACACGAUCGGAUGCCAAAAAACGACACCAUGAGUCAGACGUCAGCUCGCAUGUAUCAAAGGACUCAUCGUAAGUACCCUCAACAUUU